UCCAGGCGCGGGGAAGCCUUUUCCCAGCGGCCUCAGGCGCGCGCCGGGGCUCCAUGUGGGGCCGCCACAGCCGAGCAGGGCCGAGUCCGGUUGCCGUAGCAACGCAGGCUUCGGUGUGGGCCUGACUGGGCCUCGCCUCCCUCGCGGGACCCGCUAUGGGCAGCUGGGCCGCGGCGGGGCGGCUGCUGAGCGGCUGCCGAGCGCGCGCCGCGCUCCCCGGAGCCCCCGGGCGCGGGGGCAGCUCGGGGCCCGGCGGGGGCCGGGCCGUGAACCUGACCGAGCUGCUGCAGAGCUCGGUGGGGGACGAGGAGCCGGCGGCGGCGCGGCGGCGGCCCCCCCAGGAGGGCACCGUGCUGCUCUUCCCCGGGCAGGGCAGCCAGUUCGUGGGGAUGGGCCGGGGGCUGCUGCGCUACCCCAACGUCAGGGACAUGUUCCGGGUGGCCGAGAAGGUGCUGGGCUACGACCUGCUCUCGCUCUGUCUGCGGGGGCCGCAGGCCGAGCUGGACCGCACGCUGCACUGCCAGCCCGCCGUCUUCCUCGCCUCCCUGGCCGCCGUGGAGAAGCUCCACCACCAGCAGCCCAGUGUUAUUGAGAACUGUGUUGCAGCUGCUGGGUUCAGCGUUGGAGAGUUUGCAGCCCUGGUGUUCGCUGGAGCCUUAGAUUAUACAGAAGCCUUGUAUGCAGUGAAAGUGCGUGCUGAAGCUAUGCAAAAGGCAUCAGAAGCUGUCCCAAGUGGGAUGCUAUCAGUUAUUGGUCGACGUGAGUCAAAUUACAACUUUGCCUGCUUGGAAGCUCGUGAACACUGUAAAUCAUUGGGUAUAGAAAAUCCUGUGUGUGAAGUUUCAAAUUACCUGUUUCCAGAUAGCAGAGUCCUUGCAGGACAUUUGCAGGCUUUGGAAUUCUUGCAGGAGAAUUCCCGAAAAUAUUAUUUUAAGCGAACAAAAAUGCUUCCAGUCAGUGGUGCUUUUCACACAAGACUCAUGGAACCAGCAACAGAGCCUUUGGCUGAAGUUCUAAAAUCAAUUGAGAUUCAGAAACCAUUCAUCUGUGUCUAUUCGAACGUUGAUAGCAAAAAAUAUAUGCAUUCAAAACACAUUCAACGUUUGUUAGUAAAGCAACUUGUUUCACCUGUUAAGUGGGAACAGACUAUGCAUGCUAUAUAUGAAAGAAAACAAGGAGUGGAGUUUCCUUAUACAUAUGAAGUGGGGCCUGGGAAGCAACUAGGCACAAUCCUCAGAAACUGCAAUUUAAAGGCCGGGAAGCUCUAUAAACAUAUUGAUGUUUCAGACGAUGAGGAAGCAGAGGAAACGUAGUUUUGAAGGAAAAUCCAUGAUUUUUUUUUUCCCCUGCUUAAUUUUAAAUGAUUUUAUUACUCCUGAAAGGCAGAUACGACAACCCUGAAGACUAAAGGCCCCUCUUUAUCUUAUCCCCAGAAGAGCUCAGCACACACAACUGCAAAGCAAGGUUUCCUUCCACAUAUUACAGUUCCAGCAUGCGUCAGACUUCACAUGGAAGGACCACUUCUGAGGUUCAGCCUGUGAUUUCUCAGACAGACAACAAAGAUGCCAGUUUACUAUUAGAUUUGGGCCCAGUCCUGCUAGCAAAUCCACACAUGCAGGCCCUUUUACCUAUGUGGAGUCAAAUUGAAGUCAGUAGGGUUCUGUCCCUAUGCAAAGGUCUUUUUGCUUGGAUCUAGUUGCAGAAUCAGGCCCUUUAAUAGUAUUUUCUUAUGUGGACUUCUGUUUAUUAGGAUCAAGAAUUCAUUUUGAUAAACUAUUGGAUUAUAACAGCUUUCAGUCACUACUAUGUUUUGUUUUAUAAAGUAUCUAAUCAGUGGGAGAAAUAACCAAAAUGCUCUUUUUAAAAAUUUUGUUUCUACAGGAAAAUUUUUUUUCUAUGAAUCAGAUAAAUUAGAAAAUUAUUAUUAGAAAUACAAUUUUCUUAAGGUUGCACUAUUAAUAAAUUAUUUAUAAAGCUCUUCCUCCAUGAA